GGCGAAUCGUGAAGGAAGAGGAUGACCUUUUCUGAUGACCGCACCGGCGCACCUAUUCACACGCUAUGACACGAUGAACCCUUCCAGUCUUUAACAACACUUCGGCGUCUUGCCUUUUGUUCCUUUUGAUCACAAUAAACGAUGGACAAUUGGUUGCUUUUGCGUUCCCCUUGCACCCAACUCAGUCCCAAAAAAUAAAUGCCUUUGGGGGGAACGCACGCCUGUCAAAAAGCGCGGUGUGGCAGUGGAACCUCUGUGGUACGCCACACGACAGUCGGCCCCGCCUGUCGGCCGGAGUCCCGGGGCUGCGCAGCCACAACGAGAGAGUCGACGUUUGCCUUCUUCGCGCCUUCCACUCCGUCCUCAACCAACACCUUCGAUUCUCCGUCCCUCGAAAUUGGUCUAGCGUACUUUGUUCUCCGUUCUUCGCCACCUACCAACGCUCCUUGCAAUUCUGGUCCACUCGGUAGCGGCCAUCCAGUCCGGCAAACAAACAAGCUCCGUUCACUGCUUUAUUCCCCGAUCCUCUGUAAAUUCUCGUGCUCUCUGCAGUCCUGCGCCGAGCACCGAAAGCUCCAUUCCGCAGUUCCCUAUCAGCUGGUCAUCGUCCAACAAACAGCUUCUCGCUUUUCUUUCAACUCACAACCAAGAGCAGACCUUACCACUCUUUGUCAAUCGCGCGAGCAGAAAUCUCGACUGACCAUAGCUUCCGGUGUAUAGUCUAGGCGUUCAACACCUACCCGAGCGCCGCUAUGACCAUCUCCACAGCAGCAGCAUCUUCACUGUCCACGUCAUUCCAAGCGCCGCCACAGCGAGCGCACGCCAGCCUUCGCACAGGUGGGGCUGCCCAGCAAGCUGUAUCCUUUGACCCACCAUUGUGGCUUCAAAGGCAGGAAUGGCUGCUCACGACGCUGCGCAACAACAAUGCCAAGACUAUCCUCGACAUUGGCUGUGGGGAGGGGAAAGUUCUU